AUGCAAUUUAACAUUGAUUUAAAUAUGACAUUAGAGAAGAUGAGAAAUCCUGAUCCUGAUUUAAGAUAUAUGGCAACCUCUGAUUUUAAUAAUAGUUUAAAUAAAAGUAAGGUAUUUAAAUUUGACCAAACUCAACAAAAACAUAUUGUUAUUGGUCUUUUAACAUUACUUACUGAUGAAACUAAUGAUGUUAAAGAUAUUGCUAUUAAAUGUAUGACAUCAUUCGCUCCAUAUAUCACAUCUGCUUUAUCAGUAAAAUUACUAUUAGAAAAAUUACAAACUAUUUUAUUAGACCCAGCUAAGAAAAUGGACAUUCAUAGAGAUGUUGCUGUUGAAGUUAUUAAACAGACUUUAAAAAUCUUUAUUAUUAAUAAAGAAUUUAAAUUAUUAUUGAACGAUAGUUUUUCUAUUCCAUUACUUAGUUUCUUUAAUCGUAAAGAAUUAACUGAUAUAUCUAUUGGAUAUAACUUAGAUGUGUUAGAUGUUAUUAUAACUAAAAAUGGUUCUACAUUAGAUAUAUCUAAUGUCAUUAAAACUCUUCUUCCUUAUAUUUCUAACGGUGUUUUUGCAAACAGAAGAAGAACAGUUCAAUGUAUUGCACAUCUUUCUAAAUAUGCUGAUGAUAAACAACUAGAAUUAAUUCUUAAUAAUUCUCUUACUGCUUUAAAGAAAUGUGUUGUUAAAGAACAAAUGAAAGUAUAUGUAACUUUGUUUUCAUCUGUUUGUGGUAUUAUUAAAGACAAAUUUGGACCUUUUGUUAAUAAUACUUUUGUUAUUUUAAAAGAAAAGUUUAUUGGAGCUGAAGAAGAUGUUGAUGAUGAUUUGAAGGAAGCUGUUUUGAAUACUUAUAAUGUUUUUCUUUUGUCUUGUCCAAGUAAACUUGGUGAAAUAGCUAAUGAGAUUUUAGGUGUUGCUUUAGAAUAUAUUCAAUAUGAUCCUAAUAGAUUUGAAUUUGAUGAAGAAGAUGGAGAAGCAAUGGAAGAAGAAGAGGAAGAAGAAGAUAUUUUUGAAGAUGAACAAGAUGUUACUUGGAAAUUAAGAAAAUUAGCAGGUGACUGCAUCAAUUCUAUUAUCCUCAAAAGAGAGGAUUUGUUUGAUAGAUUUAUAGAAGAAGGACUUUCAGUUGUUGUUAAAAGAAUGAAAGAAAGUGUUGAAAUAGUAUUAGAUAUUAUUUUAGGUAUUUAUUCAUUAACAAUAAAUACAAUUAAUAAUGGUCAUAAAGUAGUUCAUGAAAAGAUUACACAAACUAUUCCAACUGUUAUUUCUCAAAUAAACAUUAUUUUGAAUGGAAAGAAGUUUGUUGAGAAAUCAAAGAUUGAAUGUUUUAAGAUUAUUUCAGAACUCUCUAUAUUUGAUGGAGGUAUGUUGCUUAAAGAAAUUGGAAUAACACAAAAUGUCAUUACUGAAUUACUUAAGGCACCAAAAACACAUGUAGAAUUAUUAUUUGCUCUUUGUGAUUCAUUAAGAAAUUUAUUCAAAGUGAAAGGAACAAGUUCAAUAGAUAUUUCUAUUUCUCCAAUUCUUAUUUCAUUAUUUGAAAACAAGAAUUUUAGAAUUGCUAUUGAUGCAAUUAAAACUGAAAAUUCAUUAUUAGAAAAUACAGAUACUGUUGAAGAAGGAAAAGAGUUAAAUGUUGUAAAUAUUCUUAAUUCAUUAAUUAGUUUAAUUAAAUCAGAUAAAGAUCAUGAAGUUAAAGAACAAGCGAUUUAUUGCAUUGGAACAAUUAUUAAAAAGUUCAUUUCUAUACUACCAUUUGAUGCAUUGAAAGAGGCAUUUGAUGAACUUAUUUCAUUAUAUGAAAAUACUUUUUUGAAAGCACCUGCAUUAAUUGUAGUUGGAAAUACAAUUAAUUAUCAAAUUUUAAAUGUAUUAAAGAAUGCAGACAAAUUAUUCCUUCAAACCAUUCAACAAACACAACAAGCAACAAGACAAGUUAAAGUUACUUCAUUAAAUGCUUGUAAAAGUAUUUUAGAGUCAUAUCCUUCAAUUUCUAAUAAAACGAUAGAGUUAGCAUUACCAACCAUUUCUAGUUUUGUUUAUGAUAGUGAUAGUAGUAUUGUAGAAAUAUCUGUUAACAUUAUUUCUUUAUUUGCUAAGAAUGAAGAAUUAGUAAAUACAAUUCUAAAUAAUGUAUAUCGUAAAUUAGUAGAAAUUAGUAAAGGAAAUAAUGCACGUGAAAGUUUAGGUUCAUGUUUAAUGAAUAUAACUGCUAUUUUAGCCACUAAAGAAAAAAAGAAAGUUACUGAUAUGAUUAUGAAGAUUGAAAAUCAUAUUUAUUCUAAAGCUAAUUUAUAUUUAACUGGUUUAAUGCUUGCCGCUACUAAACCUGAAGUAUCAAUUCUUCUUAAAGAAGUUAAGGAUAGUGUAAAAAUUUUGAAAGCUAAUGUUAAUCAAUCAGUUGAAUUCUUUAAUUCAAUUGUUUUAUUAUAUGCUAUUGGACAAAUGGCUAUUAAUGGAGAGGUUGAAAAAGAAUCACUUCAAGAUAUUCUUGUUGAUUUACUUGAAGUUGAUAGUGACCCAGUUAGACAGGCUGCAUCUAUGGCACUUGGGUCUCUUCCAGGAGUUAUCCCAUUCUUAUUUGGAAAGUUACAAAAGAAGAAGAGUUUCUUCUUAAUGAGUGCAAUGAAAGAAGCUGUUAAGUAUACUGACAAAAGUGAAGUUGAAAAUAUAAUAAAACAACUCAUUUUACUUGGUUCUGAUGAUAAAAUUUUAUUACCAUUGUCUGAUUGUUUUGGUAAAUUAAUUUCUAUUGAUGCUGCAACUUAUGUACCACGAUAUUAUGUACCAGCACUAAAAGAUAAAAAUGGUAAUGCUGCAUUAAUUGGAUCAAUUAAAAAGACAUGUAUGAAUAAUUGUGAUGUUCAAUUAUUUGUUCCAUUAAUUCCUUUAGUUGUAUCAAGAUUAGGAGAUAAAACACCAGCAAUUAAAUGUGCAUUAUUUGCUGUUAUUUCAUAUUUAUUAAAUCAUGCACAAAAAGAAAUUUAUCCAUAUCUUAAUAAUAUUUUGGAAAAUGUUAUUGCACAAACUGCAGUUGAUCAAACUUAUAUUCUUAUUGCUAAAUUCGGUAAUUGUAAACAUAUUUCAGAUAAUGGUCUUGAUGCUAGAAAGGCAGUUUAUGAUUGUUUGAAUGUAUUGAUUGAUAAUUUCUUAAAUGAUCUUGAUUAUAAGAAAAUUGCAACAACAGUAUUAAAUGGUAUUGUUAAUGAUAAUGAUCAUGACAUUAAAUUACUCUGUUUCAAUUUAUUAACAAAGAUGGUUAUUCUUAAUCCUGACCCUAUGGUAGAAAAUAUUGAAGACUUUGUUCCAGAGAUGAGAAAGCUUAUUAGCAGUUCUUUAGAUGAAAAGAAUAAGGAUGUUGACCCACCAAAACAACAAGAACUUUCAAAGGCAGUUUGCAGAUUUAUUGCUAAAGUUUCUGCCCAUCCAUUGGCAAAUGUAAGUGUUCAAUUUGAGAAGUUAUUUAAUGAUAUUAUGAAUAGUUUGAAAAUGGGACCAAUAUUUAAAUCAAUGGUUUAA